UAUAAAUAGGCCUAACUAGAACACAUUCAAGCACACACCUAAAAAUCGAACUUUCUCGAUUUGUUCAAAAGAAAUAUAAUUCGAUCUUCAGUAAUAAUGGGAGCAAAUACCAGCAGUUCUGUAAAGGAGGAACCAACGACUAGGGUUCUUUCGAUUGAUGGCGGUGGAGUUAGAGCCUUAAUCCCACUCGUUAUUCUUGCUAAACUCGAAUCUCAGCUUCAGAAAAUAGACGGUCCACAUGCGAGGAUUGCAGAUUAUUUUGACGUAAUAGCGGGUACAAACACAGGAGCACUAACUGCUGCAAUGCUUACUACACCCAACGAAAAUAAUCGUCCGGUGUUUACUGCACAAGAAAUCAUGGAAUUUUACCUUGACAACUUCCCUAAAAUAUUCCCACAGGGAGAUAAUAUUUUUAGCCGUGCUGCAAAGAAAUAUAAACAGUGGUUCGGGGAAAUAAAAUAUGAUGAUAUUGUCAUCACCACAGACCCCAUCACAUUCUCAACCAGUCAGGUGGAGGAUAAGGAUGUUUCACUCUCGGACAUCUGCAUUGGAAGUUUAGCUUUUCCGACUUAUUUGCCUCCGCAUUCCUUCGUAACUAAAGAUUCCGACGGUAAUUCCAAACAAUUCGACCUCAUUGGCAAUAUUAGCUGCAAUGAUGCAAAUACGAAAGGAGAAGCGUAA